CAGGAGUGUGUGUCACCUGCUCCCGAGGACUUGUUGAUUCCCAGGAGCGCCGCCUUUUCGAUCUGGGCCCCCGAGAAGACAAUCUCCCCCAGGCGUGGCCCCGGGGAACUCCUGAGACACCCCCGGGAUCUCUCGCCCUCCAACUCCACAGCCAUGAGCAAGUUGGGCAAGUUCUUUAAAGGGGGAGGCUCUUCUAAGAGCCGAGCUGCUCCCAGCCCGCAGGAGGCCCUGGCUCGACUUCGGGAGACUGAGGAGAUGCUUGGCAAGAAACAAGAGUACCUGGAAAAUCGAAUCCAGAGAGAACUCGCCCUGGCCAAGAAGCACGGCACGCAGAACAAGCGAGCUGCAUUACAGGCACUAAAGAGAAAGAAGAGGUUUGAGAAACAGCUCACUCAGAUUGAUGGCACACUUUCCACCAUUGAGUUCCAGAGAGAAGCCCUGGAAAACUCACACACCAACACCGAGGUGUUAAGGAACAUGGGCUUUGCAGCAAAAGCGAUGAAAGCAGUUCAUGAAAACAUGGAUCUAAACAAAAUAGAUGAUUUGAUGCAGGAGAUCACAGAGCAACAGGAUAUUGCCCAAGAAAUCUCAGAAGCAUUUUCUCAACGGGUUGGAUUUGGAGAUGGCUUUGAUGAGGAUGAGUUGAUGGCAGAACUUGAAGAACUGGAGCAGGAGGAAUUAAAUAAGAAGAUGACAAACAUUAGACUUCCAAAUGUGCCUUCUUCUCUCCCAGCACAGCCAGACAGAAAACCAAGCAUGCCCUCUGUCGCACGUCGAUCCCGAGCAGGUCUGUCACCAGCUCAACUAUCUGAGCAUCUUCCAGGAAGGCAGAAGAAGAGGAUGAUGAUAUCAAACAAUUGACAGCUUGGGCUACUUAAACUAAACUGGAGUAUUUUGACACCUAAAUUAAUGAGCUAUACAUAAAACAUAAAAAAGUUUUUGUCAAGUUCAGAAGUUAACAAAGACCCUGUUUUAUAUUUACCCUGGAUGAAUAACUGUGUUUUAAGCCUCUUAGGGAAGAGUUAAAAAGGAGUCACGAGUAGACAUAGAAUCAGGGAUGGGAAGGGCUUCCUGGCAGCAUCUUAGAGUGUCUCUCCACAUGCAUGGGGUGAGGCAUCCCUGUCUACCUUGUUUACUAUCCUAUUUCUAGUCCUGGUACAUAGUUGGUGCUCUCUAUACAUCUGUUGAAAGAAAACUGAAAUCUACAGACAUAUAAGACAUGCAACAGUUUAUAAGCCAUUUAAGAGUGAUACAUUUAGGAUGGCUGGGAAAAUAACUUCCUUUUCUAUGCAAAUCCAGUUUAUUGUGUGUAUCCUUAUUAAUUUGCUGUGUGUAUUUCCAUGUAGCCCAUGGUAAAUAUAAAUACGCUAUAUCUCUUUUAGGAGAGACUUCUUAAUACACAAGUCUUGUAAGAGUCUAUACAUAGUUUCACUCAAAUUGUACGGUUUAAAAUCUUAAAGGAGCUUUAAUUGACAUUUAUUAUGCCAAUUAAGCUUGGAAUGGGGCAAUAGAUGCAUUUCCCAAACUGUCUGAAAGCACUAACAGCUUACCCUGCUGAGCGAGAAUCUCCUGGGUGUAAUUUAGCCACUUAGAGAGCUGUGUUAACACUCCCAGACCCUUAUGAUGCUGUUAUGGCUUCAGCGUGUUAAAUGUGUAUGUUCAUUUUUUUUUUCUGUUUUGUGCUCUCUUGUACAUUUACUUACACUUUACAGCAUAUUCCUUGUAAAUACACAAAAAUA